AUGCCCUCCCGCCGGGCACAACCCCCCCUCUCUGUCCGCUUGCCGACGGGCAAUGCGCAGCCCGAACUGCCUCCCAUAGCCGCUCUCUUCCUCAUCGAUUUCGACGUCAAGGCUGGGUACACGAUUGUCUGGAAACAGGCUGCACCCGGGAUCGAGCUCGAGGGCCUCGUCGAGUACAAGAGUCUGCCAUCGGGCCUUCACACCGUAGCCGACGACCUGAUAUACUUCGUUCACGAUGGGGAACACGCCGGGUUGAGCGCGUUCAUCAACACGCCGUGCGAUGAGGAGGAGGCGCGCCAUGCGCGCAUGAUUGCUGUUGGUGUUCUGGUUCCCCUCAGCUAUGGCCGCCUUGGCCGGGCAUGGAGGCAUGCCGAGGGCUUGAAGGACAUUGCAUCAAAACUCGCCGAGGACCGCAAGAAUACCGGCCUUCUGGAUGCAUACUGGGAGAAGAACAAGGCCAAAGAAGGAGCUGAACAGGAACGGCCGGCGAUGGAGUCGCCGUCCGUCAGUUUCAGCGCCCAAGCCGCCCAACCCAAAAAAGCUACUCACAACCGGAGUCGCUCUGCAUCUGACGGCGCUUCCCUGCUACCGUCCGGCCACCGACUCUCCCCUUACCAUCCAGCUUGGAGCCUGACGACCCUCUUGGAUACCUUUGGGCCUCUUAUUUUCCCCAUUCACAGGGCGGCCUUGCUGCGAAAGCGCAUCUUAAUCUCAUGCCAUGCGCCAGUGCGUGAGAUUUGCAAUUUUGUAUACAACAUUUCUGUCCUCUCAAACAUUCCUCAAACAGUAACGGAGCUACUGGCUCCGACAUCAUCCUCGCAACGCCUCAGGCCCCUUUUCACUAUCGGAGUCCACGAUAUUCCCUUCUUGAUGGAAGAUUUUGAGGCUUCGAAGCGGCGAAAGGUCGGCAGCAACGACGACUUUGCAGAUGAGUCUGGUUCUGGUUGGAUUGCCUGUACGACCGACAGCAUUCUUGCCAUGAAAGACACCCUCUGGGACAUGCUCAUCACCAUGCCCCCACCCUAUGCACCCAAUGCCAAGGAAAAGGUGUGGCCCACAGUUGAAUAUCCUCGCGGUGUACCUCUCAAAGCAACACAACGGGAUCUGAGAAGGUUCCGCGCUUUGAAAUCUGGUCUUGCCAGGCUGACAGCAACUACGCCAAAGCCGAUGGCAGCGGAAAGCCCUAGAUCAGACACAUCGGCAGGCUUCAAGCUUACUACUGGCGCCUUCCCUGCCCCAAGCCUCGAGAACGACGAGGCCUUGGACAAGAUCGUCGAGCCACCGAGCUGGACAGCGCUGGCAUACAGUGGGUUCAUGUGGUGGGCGAGUGCCGGCGAACAGGCACGGAGCGAGGAGCACGAAGAGGCGGCGCACGAUGCGGCAUUGCUGGCAGACCUGGGACUGACGCCCCACACCCCGAGUAUGUCGAAGCCUCCGAAAUCUCGGUCCUCGGCAUCGGCCGGCAUGGCCGACUCGAUCGGGUCCGUCGUGUCGCGGCCGGCUGUUGGACCAGACGACGAUGAAGCAAGAACGGAGCUCGCCGUCAUCGCAUACUUUCACCGAUUAACGGCGCAAAUGUUGACGGUGAUGGGGGAUCUCGUCGAGGGCUCGAGCGAUCGCUACGAAGACGACGACGAUGAGGGGGAUCAGGACGCAGACGAUGUUCCUCUUCGGUCCGACAGCGAGUCAGAGCGCAGCGCUGUACGAGUUGGCAGCGAUGCACUUGAGAGCAUGGGCCUGGACGUUUGGGACGCACAUGAUGCGGAAUUCGUCAAGGAGCUCAUGGCCAAGUACUUUGACCGGAAACCCUACAUUGAGGGCAAGGGGGUCGAGGUGUGCGGAGUCCGCGUCUGCUGA